GGGGAGACCACUCUUAUGAAAACCCCGGAAGUGUUGUGAGAUCAUCAAUAUGGCGUCGGUAGCAGAACCUUUGCAUUUGGAAAAAGAUAUCAACCGAGCAGUUGAUCUGUUGGACGCUUUACAAAAAAGUGGCCAGGUACCCCCUCAGAAGUUGGCAGCUCUACAGAAGGUCCUGCAGAGUGACUUCCUCAAUGCCGUGCGGGAGGUGUACGAACAUGUGUACGAGACCGUCGACAUAACCGGCAAUGCUGAAGUGCGGGCCAAUGCUACAGCCAAGGCUACAGUGGCUGCUUUUGCAGCAAGUGAAGGUCACUCCCACCCUCGAGUCGUAGAACUUCCAAAAACAGAUGAAGGGCUUGGCUUCAAUGUGAUGGGGGGCAAGGAGCAGAACUCUCCUAUCUACAUCUCGAGAAUAAUUCCCGACGGUGUGGCAGACCGCCACGGUGGACUUAAACGUGGGGACCAGUUAUUGUCUGUCAAUGGAGUGAGUGUGGAGGGAGAGCAUCAUGAGAAGGCUGUGGAGCUCCUAAAAUUAGCCAAGGGUAUGGCUCGUCUGGUGGUGAGAUACACCCCCCGAGUACUGGAGGAGAUGGAAGCACGGUUUGACAAGCAGAGAUCAGCAAGGAAGCGUCAGACACCGUGAACAGUGCUGUCACCUACGGACGCAUUAACACACAUCAUAGACACUGGACAGUAUAUACCCCUGAUUCAUAGGAAAAGUUGUAGCCGUGAUGUUAACCUGGAAAAAUGGAAUGGUUGUAACAGGAAUUGAUUGCUUGUUCUGUAAAUGAAUUUAAAACUUUUUCAUAAUUUACAUCUGCAUAAUUUUAGAACUAUGAUGACCAGGUUGUGGUCCUAGUGUAGAUCAGCCGUCGGGCAAUCACAGAGUGGCAUUGUACACGAUUAUUUGUAGGAUUGGUUAAAAUUAGUCAUCAUUGUAUAUGUGAUUCAUGAUUUUAAAAAGUUUACAUUUGAGUGAAGAAUAUAUGUAAAUCUCCUGUGAAAUGAAAAUGAAUGGAUGAGAAAUUUUUAUAUAAUCAAGCACCUAGUGAAAUACUGAUAUAUAAACAUUAUUAAUAUCUAUCAGAAUGACGACAAAUAUACCUGGUAAAUUUUAAACACUUUUGUUAUCUACGUAAAUUUUGAAAAUAUAAAAUAUUGAAUGAAAAUGGUAGGUUCCUUAUUACUUUAUAUACGUAAGACAUAAUGGUUCUUAGAUUUUUAAUACACCAUGAGUUGUGUAGUAGAUGUCAAGAUAUUAUUUCAGUGUGAUGGGGAAGAUUGAAGAAAAAGGAUAUAUCUAGAUAAUGGUUUAGUUUAAAUCUGUUCAGUAAAACCAUGUCAGCACUGCAGUCCACAUUAACAGCUACUUUCUUCAUACACAAUUUGGCUACAUCAUCAAAAUUUGAUAUUUCCUAUCUAUAUAUGAUGCGCCAGUAAUACAACUGUGUGUAGUGAUUAUCAUGUAGAAAAAACACAUCCUAAUCGCAUUUAAAUUGUUUUGUCAACAGAGUACAUUUUUUAUGUAAAAUCAUAGUGUCUCAGGGGUGUUCAAUUUCAUAUAUAAAGUAGUAGCCCAAUGGCAGAUGUUGUAAAAUCUACUAGUACUAGCCCAAUCUAUGUUUUCCUAGUAAACAUACAAACUGCGAGCCCUGGUUGUCGGGCUGGUGGAGAGUUGUACACUCCUGUGUGUUGUAUGCAUUCCUAGAAUAUAUGUAUAUCACGGUUAACGUUUGAUAAUAUCAUUUCUAUCAUGUUUAAUUGUGGGUGCCAUUAAAAGUUAUGUGGUAGUAGAUUUCAUGAAAUAUUGACUAUUAUACUUGUCCACCAUUUUGUGGUUAUUUAAAGCAAUAAGAAUAUCGGCUGACUUUGAGUUUGAGCUUCUGUGUCACUUCCUGGUCUGUGAUACACUGACUCUUCAUCAUUUCUAUCAAACAAUCUCAUUUAACCAGGGUGUCUUAUGGAAAACGAUUACCACGUUUUUACUGUCUUUUUU